UAGUGUAUAACGCGUUGUUGGAACUUAACUGUGCAUAAUCAAGAAUCCUGUACGCCAUUCGCUAGCGGAAAAGCGGACCAAAUCCAUGAAAUCUAACACGAUCCGGCUUUUUUGGUAUUAAUUAACAAACAAUCUACAAUCUCAAAAUGUCGUAUGGACGAAUAGCACCAGACAUUGAAGGGAUGACUUCCCUGAAAGUGGACAAUUUGACAUAUAGCACGACACCUGAAGACCUACGACGCUGCUUCGAAAAAUAUGGCGAAGUUGGGGACAUUUACAUUCCACGCGAUAAAUUCUCAAGAGAGAGCAGAGGGUUUGCUUUUGUCCGAUAUCCGGACAAGAGGGACGCUGAAGAUGCAAUGGAUUCUAUGGACGGUAACCUAUAUGAUGGUCGGAAAUUGAGGGUCCAGAUGGCAAGAUAUGGCCGACCACAAGAAUCCCGAGGAAGCCGAUACGGAGGAGGAGGAAGCCGAUACGGAGGUGGUGGACGACGCGACCAGUACCAGGGUGGCUACGGUGGUGGUGGUGGUGGGAGAUACGGUGGUGGAGGAGGUGGCAGCAGAAGAAGGUCAAGAUCAAGGUCCCGUGGAAGAUACAGGUCCCGUUCCCGAUCCCCACGCAGACGCAGACGCUCGUAUUCCCGCUCUCAUUCCCGCAGCCGAUCAAAGUCUAGGAGUCCUUCACCUCGCAGGGCUCGAAGCAGGUCACACAGCAGAUCCAGAUCUCCACGCCACUCCAAAUCUGGUUCACCGCCAGCGAGACGUGAUAGGGAUUCACCAGCGAGACGUGAUAGGGAUUCACCAAUGAGACGCGAUAGGGAUUCGCCAGUCAGACGUGAUAGGGAUGAUUCUCGCUCCAGAUCUAGAUCGCCUGAUGAAGAGUAGACUAACUGCAGCUCUUAGGGAAAGCCGUCAUCCCUUUUUUGAAAUACCAAGAUAAGGGUGAUUGACUGUCUUGACUCUCUGCCAUGAAAUGGAGACUCGGUUUCCGUUAGAAGAUUCUUCUGCAGUAUCUUCCAGAAUAGAUGCAGUAGAUAAAUGGUAAAUGCCUGUUAAGGUUGCAUCAUUUUCAUUGUUGGUCAUUUUAUAUUUGUUUAUGUAAGGCCAAAUAACAAAGUGUUUCUCAUCCCUGUCUGCCUCCUUUUUUUAUAAGAUAAGAAAAAAAGCCUGUGAUAUACAUUUUGUUUAAAUAGCUUCGAAAGUGAUACAAAUCAUUUGUUUCGUCAUGAAUACAUGAUUGCAUCAGUAUACUCCCAUAGCACAAUAUCUGUAAAUAAAUAGGCCUGGCCAGCUAUAAUUAGCAGCAUGGCAGCCAUCUUGGAAAAAAAUAGCUAAAUAUAGUAAAUAGUAAUGCCCUGCCUCCUCCUUUUUUUUAGUCCGAAGAGAAACACGUUAUUUAUGUUAUUUGGCCUUAUUGCUGUAGGUGUUUUUUUUUUUAACCCCACUGUACUACUUGUAGCUUUUUGCUCCCUCUACAUGUAUAUAGAAAACAAUGCCUAAUCGGUGACCAUUGGGAGCCAAGUUGAUGAGAUAACCACCUGUCCAGUGACCUUGCAGGGUGGUCUAAUCCCUCCUAUAAACUAGUACAGAUGGCCUUUAAAUACUGCACCUAAUCUUCAUUCGCUAUGAAUUCCUCUUUUCAAUACAUUAACUUUGCUUUUUCAGUUUCUCCAUUCACGUCUGUUUCAAACUCAAAGUGGCAAUAUCAGAUGCAAAUAAAAAUGCAAUCUACUCUAUUUGAGCUCUGCUAGAUUUGAUAUCAACUGGCCUGUUAUAAAGGGCAAAGAACAGCAAAUAUAUAUUCUGUGGAGGAAGUAGCAUCUGCUUCUGAUUUGCAAAUCCUGAUAUUGGGUUUACACUUCCAAUGUGCCAAAACCUUUGAGCGGUAGUGUACAUGUUUCUACACUCUACAAGUGUGAAACAAAGCUGAUGUUGAAGAUUUUCAAGGUCCAUUUCUAGUAAGCAUUAUUCUUUGUGCUUAAAAGAUUUUUUUUUUUAAUUCCUCGGGCAUCAGAUUUUUUAUUAAGGGGUAAGGUUGGAAAUUUCUAUUUUUAGGAAAAGCCUAUUUCUUUAUAUCUCUUACAUUUAUCGUGCAUCCCUUGUUACUCUUUAUAUUGCAUGCUACAUUUUGUUAUGUCUGUUUUCUGUUUCUCUUGUCAAAGUAUAACGGCAUUUACAGUGCGUUUUCAAAAGGUUUUCGUCCACAGAUGGAAUAAGUGACUGAGUGUAACAAUGCAUGUUUAUCUUUUUAUAAACAUUUUAAUCUUUACUAGUUCAGAACAGUGUUAUAUAUGAAGUGCAUGUUUGGAUCUUGCGUGAAAAGUUUCAGAGUUCUCAUUUAAAUGUACAUGCCCAAUUAAUAUCACACUGAUCAUGAACAAGAGUAAUUACAGUGCCUCAUGGUAUUUAAAUGUACAAAAAACACAACAACUUACAAGUUUUGCAAACCAAAAUAGCUCAUGAGAAUUCCAGAAGGAGACUUUGAUUUUUUGUACUAGAGUAUUGUUGAAAGUGCAUGCAUUAUUGCAUUUAUAAGGAAACCUGCUGCUACCAUGUAAAUAUAUCAAAAAUCUGUGUCUUUUCACAUUACAGCAGAUAUAACUGUACAUUAAUUGAUUUCUCUCUAAUUCGUUAAUUUGUUCAAGCAGGAGGUUUUUUCCCAACAGUUUUGUUAUUCUGAAUAGAUUCAAAUUUCUCUGUUGUAUAACUUGGACUUGGAAUCCCUGAUGGCAAUUAUUUAUGUAAAAUAAUGUACAUUAUGAGUAUUUGGAUUCACCAUAUUUCUAUUAAAUCUUGGUGGAUGUAUUAUCCAGCCAUGUUUAAGUACAGUAUGUUAUAUAAUAUAGAAUAAAACCUACCGGUAAACAUAGGCCCUGCGGAUUCCACACUUAAUUUGUUGUUUUCAUUUGGGGGAGGGGGUCUUGAACAAUCUAUUGUGGGUCUUAUCACAUUUGGCCACUUAAUACUUAUAAUAUUUGUGGGGUCUACUCCUCACUCCUGGUUCAAAAUGUUUACCGGUACUAAUGUAUACCCCAUUACCCCUGCUUAUGUUGGGCCCUGUUAUACAGACUAAAUAUUGUUGCGAUACAAUAGCCCCCCUCCCCAAAGGAAACUUUUUAAAGUUAUUUAUUAAUCAGAUACACAUGAAUGUUGGAAGACAUGAUAAAUUUGUAAUGUGAACAGGUAAUCCCCUUUGAUUGUUGUAUUAUCCUUUAUGGUGUUAUAGGAAAAAAUAAAUACCAGUCUUCUUUUUUAUGCUAACACUUGAUUCCUUUUAUCGUUUUCUUCUUACAUAGCCACCAGUUAUUGCCUGAAAGUAUAGCGGUGGUUGGUGCAGUAAAAAGGGGGUGUUAGAAUGUGCAGUUAAAGGUGAUGCAGUCAGUCAGAGGCAAAGCUGUUUGCUGUAGUCAGUUUGUGCAGUCCAGUCUGAUGGCCUGCCUGCCUGCCUGUUUCCAGUGCGUGUAUGGUGCACAUCAGUGUAGCUGUGUAGCAGCAGGCCCUGUGCAGCUAGCUGUGUAUACCAGUAGAAAGAAAGCUGUGUAACCGGCCAUGUGCAGAGCUUUGUUUACGGCACUGGGGAGGAGAAAGAAGUUGGUGGUGUUGGCGAAGAAAUUCAAGAGCAAAAUUGCAGAAAAUGGGCUUGCUGUCGUGUUAGCUGUGCAGAACGGCACUUGAGCAGAUAAGCUGUGCGCCACCAAUUUCAGGCACUAGGGGAGAAGAAGCAGGUGAAAUCAAAGAGCCAAAUCUUGAAGAAAGAAAAAUCAAUUCAUUUCUGCCUUUAAUUUUGGACCUUUGUUUGGAGGAAUUGUAAAAGAAAUACAGUACCAUAGUUGAUGAGAUGAAUAUCUGAAUGCUGUCAAAAUUUGUGAGGUGUGAUUUUGGUUGUGAAAGUAACACCGAAGCUGUGACAUCAUAAAAAUGUAUUUUUAGAAUUUCUCAAUUUUUUCUUCAUUUUCCAAAAGAGCAUCAGAAAUUGUGUCAGAAUGUCGGAUACUAAUUGAAUAUGUUAAGCAUUGGCUGAGAUAUGACCAUCUCAAUAAAUAGAUGUCCUAUAGGAAGGAACUCAAGUGUUAUAUUGCUCUGGCUUGUAAUGUUAUGAACCAAAGCAAUAUAACACUGAGUUCCUAUUGGAAAUGUUUUUAUGCAGAUGAUCAUAUCUCAGCCAAUACUUAACAUAUUCAAUUGGUUUUCGACAUUCAGACAUUAUUUUUGAUGACGUCACACUUCAGCACUCUAUACAGAGUAUUCCCUUUCCUUACUAUUUUUAGCGCUGAUCAUUUCUUUGUUUGAUUAAGGAAAAGGGCAUGUGAUUUUCAGAUAUUUUCCAGACAUGUAUACAAAAGCAGAAACGAAAUUGCUUACAAUGCCCUGUGACUUGUUUUGAAAACUUGACUGAAACUUUGUAAGUACCAAAUUUGUAAAUGAAUUAAAAAGAAUUUGUAGGCUCAUUUGAUACUAAUUUGGGGUUAUUCCAGGCCUGUGCAAGUGUUCAUACAAUAAAUCACCCUACACUUUUUUCUCCUAUAAGUUACACUCUUUGGUAUUCAAAGGCAGUUUAAUAGAACAGUUAACAAGUCUUCAUGCCUGGAGUGUGAUGCACACUCAUAUUGGAUUAAAUACCCAAAUUACACACAAAUGCCCUUUUUUGUUUAAAUAAACAUGCUGAUACUGCUUUAGUUGACUACCUGUCUUCAAAGAUCCCAUUUUUUGUUUCCCUUGAAUAUGGUUUCUCAUUGAAACAUGUACUCGGGGAACCUGUCUACAAUGACCACUUUUUGUGUUUCCCUUGGGUCAUCGCUAUACAGAUUUGACUGUAUAUAUACAUUGUCAAGUAUAUUAAAGAACCAGCUCUCCUGAA